GUGCGGAACUGAAAAUAAUAAUAAUAAUUUAAAAAGUAAUAAUAAUAACUAAACACGCUGCAUGGAGUGAAGCAAGACGGAUAAAAGAGUGUCCACGACCUCACGCACACCUGGCGUAUGCAUUUUUUUCGACACUCCAUCCAUUUUCGGCAGUUUGUAACAGCGUCAUGUCCCAAAGAGUACGUAAGAACGGCUCGCCGACGUCCAGCUGCAGCUCGGUGAGCGCCGGGAGUUCGAGCGGAGCCUCGGGUCUGAGCGCCGGGGUGAGUUUACUGAGCCGCCUGCUGCCCAUGAAAGCCACCGUGCCGUUCCAGCUCAAAGCACAGCCACAGCCCCCCCUACUGACCAGGAUGGCGCUGUCCAACGGAGCAGGAGGAGGAGGAGGAAAUAGUGCUAACGUUAAAUGCUGCAGCAGCGGAUGCGACGCAGCCGGAAGCCGCUUGUGCGCUUCGUCUCGCGCCGCGACCUCCUCUUCCUCACCUUCCUCCUGCGCCGCUUUGAGUCCGUCCGCGUCUCCUACGUGGACAUCAUCGUCGGCACUCAGAAGUAGUUCUCCCGUGUCUCCUCACCCGCAGUGCCCGCAGGUCAGUGUGGCAUCAGCUCAUGCCGGCGUGCCUUCCCCUCUCAGUGGCUCUCACUCGCCCUCCCUGCUGCUCAGCUCACUGACAGACAAUCUGGUGCUCACAGCUGGCUCGCAUCCUCCAGGGCCAGCCUCUUCCUCCUGUAUCCCCUUUUCCUCCUCUUCCACCUCCUCAUCUUCAGCAUCUUGCGGGCACAGGGGCAAAGCCCUGGCAUCUUCACCUGAACAUGACAGACUGUCACCUGAGAGAAUAAGCCCGAGCUCACCUGUGCACAAAGAGAGGUGCAGAGUUUCACUGGCUGGUCCAGUGGGAAGCAGUAGCAGCAGUGCCAGUAUCCGCCGGACUUCCUCCCUGGACGCCCUGACAGGCCCCUAUCUGUCAGGCCACUGGCCCCGUGAUGCCACCCACGCCCCCUGUGUACCCUGCAUGAGAGACAAGGCCACCCAGACCCCCAGUGCCUGGGCGGAUGAAAGCGAAGACAAGAGGCGGAGCUUUCACCAGCGCUCGGCGUCCUGGGGCAGCACUGACCAGCUUAAAGAGAUUGCAAAGUUGAGGCAGCAGCUCCAGCGCAGUAAGCACAUCAGUCGGCACCAUCGUGAUAAGGAACGCAAAUCCCCCUUUAAUGGCAACCAUGCCGCCAUUAACCAAUCACAGGCUCCCAUCCCAAAGAGCGUCCUGAUCCCCAUCCCCAUCUCCAAAAUCUCACGCUUCCGCAACAGCAUCGAGGGCCUCAACCAGGAGAUCGAACGCAUCAUUAUCCGAGACUCAGGAGAAAAAGACGAACAGUUUAUUCCUCAGGAUGCCCCUGAUGGGCACCGUGCACCCCCUCCACUGUGCCAGCGCAGCGCCAGCUCCCGCAGCAUCGACACACAGACGCCCUCAAGCAUCACCGUGGGCAGCAGCCAUAGCAACAGCAGCAGCCGGUCCCAGUCCGUUUCACCCGCCUUCCUGAGCGUGCCCAAUGAGCCCUGCAGUGAGAGCCCCUCUCCCAAUGAGGACCCACUCAGUGACUGUCGUGAUAAAGAUUUGACUCCUGGAUCUCCUCUGCCCAAGUACGCAUCUUCUCCGAAGCCCAACAACAGCUACAUGUUCAAACGCGAGCCUCCUGAGGGCUGCGAGCGUGUCAAGGUCUUCACAGAGGAAACACAGGCCAAACCUCCGCGUGAGAUCCCGCAGUUCCUGUGCCCAGACAGAAACAAGGUCAACUUCAUUCCCAACAGCGGCUCUGCAUUCUGCCUGGUCAGCAUUCUCAAGCCACACAGUCUAAUGAGCGUCCCCGCUGAGGCUGAACAAAGAGUGUCCCGCGGCACCAGCACCCUGUCCCAGUAGCCUUCCUCCUCUUCUUCCUCUUUCUCCUCCUCAUCCUGCCUCGCACCACAUGUAGGAGACACAGAGAGCUUGAUAUGCAAUCAAUCAACCAAUCAAGUUUCCUGGCAAUCCUGUCCCCCAAAAACUAAGCACAGCACGUUGUAAAUCAAACUAAAAGAAAUCAAACAGCAAAAGAAAAGAAAAUGUAGGGCUCUAUUUUGGCAACACUGCUUAUAUUUGAUAAGAUAAUGCCAUUUUCCUAUUUGCUAUGCAGCUUUUUAGGUCAGUACUUGUACUACUUAAGGACCAGGAGGACAUGGUUUGUGAUAAGCAUAGAUAUAUUUUUUAUUGUUCCUCUACCUUUGAUAAAUAUGAGUGAGUGAAGAUGUAUGGAUGAAUAUUUUGUAUCUCUCAUAGGACACCCACGCAAAGAGAGCUUCUGCUCACGUUUGUUGUUCUUCCUUAUUCACUCUUGAGUGUGAGUGAGGCUUGAGAGACUGAGAAAAAGUCUAAUUUUCUAAUAGCUUGCAGUGUAUCUCUUUUAGAGAACUGGAUUUUAUAGAGUUAGAACAGUGCAUCAUUGAAAACAAAUGAUAUCUGAAUAUUUUGGAUGAUCUGACAAGACCAAGAGACCUGGUAAUGUAGAAGCUGGGUUGAUGAAGGCCUCUGUCUUAGUGAGUGUUUUUUUAGCCUGCGUCCCUCUGUGUGUUUGGACCAUGAGGCGGACAGCAGGAGAGACUAAUAUCGGACAGGCUGAACUCCGCUGGCCUUUGACACCCAUUACCCCCCUUCCCUCCCACACACACACUUCAUGGGCUCUGUGAGAAGAACGGAAAGUGCAGUGAAGAAAAAUAACAAGUGAGUGUGUUGGAGUUGAAGACUGUCAGGAGACAGCAGCAGAAGAUCUCAGCUAACAGCUUGGUUUUAAAGCGCAUUUCAAAUGAAUUUAGGUCCUAACACCGAACUUCAAACACAUCAGGGAACAAAGAAUGUGUACAAGAGAGAGAGAGAUGCAAUGCUGACGGCAUGAUGAAUAAAGUGCACAUGUGAGCGGGUGCGGGUUCUCUCUUUUCUCACUCACUCACUGAUAAGUCUGAGACAAGGGUGCUUUGACACUGAGAGAGAAAAUAUAAAAUGGCAUCAGAUGGAUAUUUACUGUCACAUGACUUUGCUUUAAACUGUAUUUAAUUUCCAGUUUGAACAUGUAUAGGAUUGUCAUGGUCAAAUCACAGUUAAUUUUAAUAAUUUAGUUUGAAAAUUUAGUGUGUUCAGAAAACCUUACAUUUAUAUCCAAGAUACUUCAUGUGGAUCAUAUUAACUUGAAAGUGCACUAUAAUGUCAGAUAUUGUGUUUCGAAAGGUAGCUGUCAUACCUUUAGUGCACGUCUCGCACAUCUCCAUGGAAUCUAUCGGCUUUCACGUCUCUGACAUGAUCAAAAAAACACAACGAUUCAAAAACUGCUAAAACUGUAAUCAUACUCCGUCUCUGGCUAGUACUUGGCCACGUCGUUUUUCCUCCGUGUCACAGAGCUGAUUGAAAUAAUAAACACUGCUUGCCAAGUGUCUGUCAUUCAUGUUCUCUUGUAUGCUGUAGGCAAUUUUCAUUUUUAUUGUGUUUUAUGUUGAGAACAUCACUGUUGUAAUAAUCAAGUCUUGGCUAAAAAAAAUCAUUAACAGGCUGUUAUGAUCACUCUGUCAUCCUGUCCAAAGAAAAUGGCUGCAGUUGAAACCAGGACGUAGAGUGAUGCAGCAUAAAACGAUGAUUUAGAGACAGUUUACUGUUCUGCAGUAUCAGUAAAAAAAAAAAAGAAAUAAUAAUAAGAAUCGGACUUAAACCUUUGUAAAGUUCUAAAGAGGACCAAAGCCGUGGAGUGCCUGCUUCAGUACGUUACACUAGUGGCUUGGUUUCUGACCUUCACUCGUCCCCUUGUUUAUCAAGCAGGCCUGGGUUUGGGCUCAGGAUCUUGGGUGGAGCCCCACACAUUUCUGUUGUAAGGGUCAGGGUUUUUUUUUUUUUUUCCGUUUGUUUGUUCGUUUUUGUUCACAACUGUUAAGGUAUUAUUUUGUGCUUUAAAUGAAAUAAAUAAUGAACUUGAAAAAGAAAAAAAUGUCGCACUUUUUGCCAGUGUUGCAGAUCAGUUAGGCCCCAUGUGGCUUAUAGCUUUGAACACCAUUUCUAACUAUUCCAAGGUUCUAAUCUUCUGAAAUCAGCUGAUGGUUAUUGCUGUAGGUCUGUACUCAGGAAUGUACGAACAUUAAGCUCUUCCCAACAACUACAAAACAAAAAAAAACAUUUACAGCUCUCUGUUCUCAAAAUGAAUUGAUGUAUCUGCUUAGUAUAUGUGCCUAUAUUUAAGUAGAGAAGUAUGCUCAGUGUAGAGACUAUUUUAAUGCAUUUUUAUAAAAAAAAAUGGUGGCCUUUAUUUUCUCUUUCUAAAUAGUGUAUUUGUUAGUUCGAAAGAAUGAGGGGAAUGAGAGUGUCCUACAUGUUAGGGUCACAUUUACAUGCUCAUACACAUUCAGAGAAGCUAGACAAGAUGAUCAGAUUAGACUCGUGUUUUAGAGAGUUCUCUUCAUGUUGCACAUUUUAGGUCUGCUCAGACACAGCUUAAACACUGUUGUGUAGGCCUCUGAUCUCUUACUCUGUGUGAGACGUCUGAUCUGUUCUGUUUUUUUUUUUUUUUUUUAAUAUCCAUACAGUUCAUGUACUCUGUUAUGUUCCUCUGGCUGUAUGUACCUGAAAAAAAGUAAUAAAGUUGCAGCUGCUCUAAAUA